AUGGAAAAGAAACAUAAGCAACCUUGCGAUGAUGAUACGACCGAGUCAAUGAAUGCAAGCAGUAGCUCUAGUCUUAGAUCGUCUUUUCAUUCUGAACGUUCAGCCGAAGUCAAACCGAAACGUGUUAGGUUCGAGUCUGAUGUCCUAAAGACAGACCUGGAAACGAAGUAUCUAUGCUUGUUUCCGGACCAAUUCUUCAUCUUCUGGAAGCAUAUCGAGAUGUUAGCGGGGAAAGAUGGCGAUCCAUGUGGUGUUUAUGGAAAUUUAAAGUCUUUUCGACUUUGCGGAGUAUUCGAUUACCUUGGUGGACAUUUCAAAGAUGAGAAUACGGAUAAAUAUUUGUUACACGACAGAUUCGCUACCGACUUACCUGAAAUGCAAACGCUGGCGGUUUACGAUGAUGGUCGAUUCGUCUAUUGGAGAGAUGAACCUAAUACUGAAAAACCGCUUAUUGUUCAUGUGGACAACGCUGAACAUUUUCCAAAAUGCGUUAUCGUUGGUGCUACUGAUCCUUUCUACAUGGUUGCACAUCUGGUUGGGAAAACUUUGCCAGUUAAAUACAGAAGCCUUUUUUCCAAAGAUUGGAUUGAACACUAUAGAACGUUCAUUGCCGAUGUGAGAACGAUUGUUAAAUCACGCAAGAAGGAAACCGUUGGUCUACCAUUUCAUGGUAUCGGAAUAUACGUUAAGCUUGUUAACAAUGUUGGAUAUAGACCAUUAAAUGAAAAGACAGGAAAACUAAAAGAAUUGAUAACUUCGGUAGCUACCACAAGCGAUGAAGCUAUAAAGCAGAAAAAACUGGAGAAAAUAAUGGAAAUCGUUAGCGCUGUUCAGUUUGCAAAUGACGAGAAGGAUUUUGGAAUGGGUUUAGAAUUUGGACACGAUAUUUUUUGGUCUAAUCAUGAUUUCUUCGACAAGAUGGCAGUAAAACUCUUGGCAACGGCUUACAUGUUGCUAAAUCGUGGAGCAUUUGCUCACAUCCUAAAGGUACAUAUGCCAUUUCGUCGACGCAUUUAA